CCAGCAGGGAUUCACUUUUUUAGGAAAAGCAGAGUACUACUUCACGGUUUGUUGCUGGAUCAGCGUGUUGCGUAACGGUGAUGCGUAAAAUCCAAAAGCGAUAGUUUGACCACACGUAGAUUUAAGACGGUUUUUUUUAUACAAAGGAAAAGUUUUCGGGUUGUUUUGGACAAAAAGCAGAAUUUGAACUGGUUUUGAACUUUUUUGGACAUGGCAGAGGGAGACUUCUACACGAUGGGAAACCGGCAGAGGUUUCCCCGGGAUCCGUUUGGAGAGUCGCCGUUCAGAGAUCAGUCUCCGUUCAGGGAGCAGCUCGCCUCUCGGUUUAUGGACGAUGACUUUGGGAUGCCUCCUUUCCCGGACGAGCUGUCGAUGGACUGGCCGGGCUGGGCGCGGCCGGGCCGGCUCAGCACGCGCCUCAGCCCCUCGCCCUUCGGCACCGGUUUACGCACAGGUUUCCCCUCGCGCCAGUCUGCGGGAGGCCCCGCGCUCUACACCAGCAGGUACGGGGAGCCCUCCUCCCGGAGCUCCCCCACCACCACCGGGGGGGAGCCCUGGAAAGUUUGCGUGAACGUCCACAGCUUCAAACCGGAGGAAUUAAACGUGAAAACGAGAGACGGAUUUGUAGAAGUUUCAGGAAAACACGAAGAGAAGCAGGAAGAAGGAGGCAUAGUGACAAAGAAUUUCACAAAGAAGAUUCAGAUCCCGAUAGAUGUGGACCCUCUGACCGUUUUCGCCUCCUUGUCCCCCGAGGGCGUCCUCAUCAUCGAAGCUCGGCAGACGCCUCCAUAUUACCUCUUCAGCAACGAGGGCUGCCAGGGUGGAGACGCAGAGGAGCUGGAGCCCCCUAAACCCCAAGAGCCCCCGAUGGUCUAACCCCCCCACAGCCUCACUAACAUAAACCAUCCUGCACAAUCAUGUUUGAUAUGACAUGUGUGGCCUUCAGCUUCAUGUUAUGAGACACCUGGAGUGAAAAUGUGUAAAAUAUGCCGCGGAAAUAGAGUUUGAUGUUUGGGUGCAGCAGGGAUGUUGUUUUUUAUUGUAGGCCGACCUGGAAGUUAGCAUCAUCCUGGUUCCCUCGACAAAUAGAUAAUGGGAUUUUUCCAUUGGAUUCUCUAUUAUUGCAGAAAAUUAUCUCCAUGACAAACAAAAGUUUAUGAUACUUU